AUGUCUAACGGAUCAGUUGUCUUUGAAGGAGCCCGAAACUUUCGUUUACGGCUAGCCCUUGCCACGUUGGCAGGAAAGCAAAUAAAAAUCACCAAGAUAAGACCAAAUGAUAUGAACCCAGGUUUGAAAGACUACGAAGUGUCAUUUUUGCGUCUAUUGGAGGCAGUCACCAAUGGAUCCCAUAUUGAGAUUUCUUACACUGGUACGACAGUUAUUUACAAGCCGGGAAUUAUCAUUGGAGGUCAGGUCACCCAUUCUUGUUCUGGUGAUAAACCCAUUGGGUACUUCUUGGAGCCCUUGCUUUUUUUGGCUCCGUUCUCUAAGAAGAAGUUCUCCAUUGUUCUCAGAGGUCUCACAAGCUCGGACAAGACAAGGGAUUGUGGUGUAGAAGCUAUAAAAUGGGGACUUAUCCCUGUGAUGGAGAAGUUUGGCGUGAGGGAAGUGGAAUUGCAUGUCUUGAAAAGAGGUGCUCCACCUUUGGGAGGAGGAGAAGUGCACUUCUUGUGCAACUCGCUUAUUGCACAGCCUUUAACUUUACAUGCUCUUGAUAUUCCAAAAAUGUCUGCAAUUAGAGGAGUGGCAUACUGUACGAGAGUGUCUCCUUCUGUGGUGAACAGAAUAAUAGAAACCGCACGGAAAGUGUUGAGACCUACAGGCAUUGAAGUGAACAUCACCGCAGACGUUUGGAGAGGAGAGAAUUCGGGAAAAUCCCCUGGAUUUGGCGUCACUUUAGUAGCCGAGCUGAAAAGAGGUUGGAGAAUUUUUGCGGAGGGUACUGGCUCUGCUGGUUCUUUGCCAGAAGAUUUGGGUGAAAAAGUUGCGUACGAGCUUCUUGAAGAAUUGACUAAGUGCACAUGCUUGGGACGCAAUCAGCUCAAGUUAGCUUUAGCAUACAUGGCUAUUGGAAAAGAAGAUAUUGGAAGAUUAAAAGUGCACAAGGAGCAGGUGGAUGAGCAAUUUGUGUGGUUCUUGAGAGAUCUCAAAAGCAUAUUCAGCACUGAAGCCUUCUUGAAAGAUGGAGCAGAUGAAGGUGAGGAUAACUAUAUGACUGUCUCCAUUAAAGGCAGUGGAUUCACGAGUGCCUCCAAGAAAAUCGCAUAG